AUGAGAAGUCUGUGUCUGUUGGUGCUGCUGCUGGUGCUUCUGGACUGUGGCCUCUGCCAGUUCCCUCGACCUUGUGCCACCUCCGAGGGCCUGCGAACCAAAGAGUGCUGUCCGGUGUGGGAGGGGGAUGGCUCGGCCUGCGGAGCCUUGUCUGGGAGAGGCUUCUGCACGGAGGUGGAGGUCUCUGAUGAACCGUAUGGACCUCAGUAUCCUCACAGGGGAAUUGAUGAUAGAGAGCGUUGGCCAACCACUUUCUUCAACAGAACGUGCCGAUGUGCUGGGAACUAUGGAGGAUUUAACUGUGGAGAAUGCAGGUUUGGUUACAGGGGGGGCAACUGCGCUGAGUACCGUGAAUCAGUCCGUAGGAACAUCCUCACUCUUUCAACUGCGGAACAACAAAAGUUUAUAUCCUAUCUGAAUCUGGCGAAAAACACUGUAAACCGAGACUAUGUCAUUUCCACUGGCACAAGAGCAGAGAUGGGUGCAGAUGGAGAGAACCCCAUGUUUUCAGACAUCAAUUCCUAUGACCUGUUCGUCUGGAUGCAUUACUAUGUGUCCAGAGAUGCUUUUCUGGGAGGACCAGGAAAUGUGUGGAGAGACAUUGACUUUGCCCAUGAAUCAGCAGCCUUUCUGCCCUGGCACAGAGUCUUCCUCCUUCACUGGGAGAAUGAGAUCAGGAAACUGACUGGGGAUUUUAAUUUCACUAUUCCUUACUGGGAUUGGAGAAAUGCCCAAAGUUGUGAGGUGUGCACAGAUGCUCUGAUGGGUGCACGCAAUGCACUCAAUCCAAACCUCAUCAGUCCUGCUUCUGUCUUCUCGUCAUGGAAAGUGAUCUGCACCCAGCCUGAGGAAUACAACAGCAGAGAGGCCCUGUGCAACGCCACUGGGGAGGGCCCGCUGCUGCGGAACCCCGGGAACCACGAUACCAACCGUGUGCAGCGACUUCCAUCAGCAGCUGAUGUGGAUUUUGUUGUGAACCUGUCCCAGUAUGAGACAGGAGCCAUGGACCGGUUCUCCAACAUGAGCUUCAGAAAUGUCCUGGAGGGUUUUGCCAGUCCAACUACAGGUUUGGCCGUGCCAGGCCAAAGCACAAUGCACAAUGCACUUCAUGUGUUCAUGAAUGGGACCAUGUCGUCAGUCCAGGGCUCGGCCAAUGACCCGGUGUUUCUGCUGCACCACGCUUUCAUCGACAGUAUAUAUGAGCGCUGGCUCAGAACUCACCAGCCUCCUCGCUCCAACUACCCACGGGCCAACGCACCAAUCGGUCACAAUGAGGGUUACUACAUGGUGCCAUUCAUGCCUCUUUAUAGAAAUGGAGAGUAUUUCAUAACCAACAAGAAUCUUGGAUAUGAAUAUGCCUAUCUGCUGGACCCAGGCCAACGGUUUGUACAGGAGGUUUUGACACCAUACCUGGAGCAGGCCCAGCAGAUCUGGCAGUGGCUUUUGGGAGCCGGGCUCUUUGGAGCAGUCCUUGCUGUCCUAAUUGUUUCAGUCUUUAUUGCUGCCAGAAGAAAGAUGAAACAUGGUCAGAGGAAGAAGAGAGCUUCCAGUUUUGGAGAGAGACAGCCACUGCUGCAGAGCAGCUCAGAAGAGGGCUCUUAUCAAACACACCUGUAA